CCUAGAAUAGUAAACGUAAACCACGUGGUGCCAUAAAAUGAAUGAAGACUAUGAUGUUAAUGUAACUUUGAAUGGGAAACCUUCAGUGUUAGGAAUAAUUAGACUAACCAGAAAUAAUGUUGAAAUACAGUCAGGAGGAGGAGGAGGAGGAGGAGGGAGGGAUGGGCUUCAGUUGAUUAUUAGAUUAUCAAGAAUCAAAUCAAUUCAAAUACAUCAACCUAUAUUCAGUGCUAAUUACAUCGAUAUUGAAUACACCAGUGAUAAUGGCGAGAAUGCAAAAGCUAUUGUGGUAUUCAAUAGAGGAGGAGCCACUGAAUUUGCAAAAGCAUUCUUUAGAGCAACUGAAGGAGUGGUGACUGAUGACACAGGCCAUCAAACAGUUUCAGGAGCAGAGGAGAGAGACGUUAUAACGAAUGAGAAGAAGACAAAUUAGUUAUUUUAAAUACAUCAAAUAA